CGCGCAAACCUACUUGCUCUGUCGCUACGGCUCGUCGCCGGUCGAUCGCUGUACCGCGCGGUAUCUUAAGUAAGCACUGCUCGCACGGGCCUGAUAACCGGUCGGCGCGGAUUUAACGACGACGACGAGAAAACUCAUUGAAAUUGAUGUGCUGAUAUCAGUGCAAGUUGUGUACCGUGUGACAAUAGGUCGGUUAGUUCCACCAGCUGUUUUGCUUCGAAGCGACGACCACGGCCUGGGAGAAAAUCGGAACGAUGAAUGAUACGGCCAAGUCCAUCAAUUACAUCCAAACGGAGCUGAUCCCGGGAAUGGUAGAACGACAGCAGUUGACCAUUGAUGGAAUCGGUGCCGAUGAUACCGUGCGGUUGGAUUGCGUCGAAGCGAAACCUCUACAAGCUGAUGGAACGUUCAUGCUGACAGUGUUGUACAAGGUCAAGGUAGAAUUAAGCAGCGCUAAGGAUGGCACGAUGAAACAGGAAAGGCGUCUGGUAGUGAAGAUUACUCCACAAUGCACAGAGGAGAUGUACACCGGAUGUCAGUUCGAUACGUUGUUUGAGAAUGAAAUGACCGCCUACACCGAAAUUAUUCCCGCUCUCGGAAAAGCAGAACGUUACCCCAAAUAUUUUUAUUCCCAUCGCAAGCCCUUCGAAGCUGUCAUGGUGCUCAGUGAUUAUUCCACGGAAGGCUGGAGGAUGGCUCCAAUGGUGGUCAACUUACCGCUGGACUAUUGUCUGCUGGCAGCUCGGGAGUUGGGGCGUUUUCAUGGUGAGUGCUACGCCUUGAAGGAACAGCGACGCGAUUCGUUCGAAAGCAUGAUUAGCAAAUUUAAGGAAGCACGCUACGGUAACGAUUUGGGCGACAUGAAAUGGUUGGCGGUUAUGAAAACUGGACCGGUGCGUGCACUGAAGGCUACCCGAGAAAGCAUAUUCUCUGAAUCGAUUCCAGAAGAGUUCCUGCAAAAGUUGGGGGAUUUGGCGGCCGACCCUUGGGAGUAUUCGAAGAAGUGUGUGAAACCGGUGGAACCUUUGGCCGUGAUUUGCCAUGGAGACUACUUGCGGAACAAUGUUGCAUUCCAAUUUGCUGAUGAACAGGCUCCCGGCAGGCCAACCCAGGCGAUGAUGUUCGAUUUCCAAACGCUCCGGUACGCAUCGCCGAUGAUCGAUUUUGCCACCUUCAUAGCCAACUCCACGGGGUACGACGUGCGGCAGAAGCACUUCGAAACGAUAUUCAAGGCGUACCACGACGAGCUGGUGCAAACGCUCUGCAGCAUUAUCAAGACCAAUCCGGACGAUUUGCCACAGCAUUACAGCUAUGAGUCGUUUCUGAGAGAAUUCACCCGUUAUUAUAUCUAUGGAUUUCUAAUCGCGACCAGCUUCCUGAUGAUUCUGCACGAGCCGACGGAGAACGUCUUCGAGAUGGAGCAAUGGUCACUCGAGGAAAUUGUUCAAGAUACCAUGAAGCGAGGGGGUGCAAAGUUGGACAGAGAGUUUGCUGCGAUGGUGUAUGAGAUCUACAAGCUUCAUCAGCGAUUCGGAAUGGACCCCAUGUAGAUCUGUCUCAUUUAUCAAUAGUAUUUGCAAUGUUUUGGAACAUUUGUGAUAGUAACUAUACAGGGACAAUUCGUACAACAAUGAAUCGUAAAUUCCAAUUUUCAAAUAAUGAUAUAAAUUAAAUUUAAGGUAUAAACGUGGGACAGUGAAAUCGAUAAUAUGCUUUGUCCGGCUAUGGGGAUAUUAAUGAAUAUUGUGCGAAAGGCGUUACAUAUAUAUUUCGGAUUUGAAAUGAAAUAGAAUUUUUUUCACUAAA